GUGAAGCCAUCCCUGUUACUCUCAAAAUUAUCCCUCGUCAAACAGUCACGUCACUUGAAGCCCAUCCGCUGACGACUUCUUUCCUUUUCUUCACAUACUCAGAUUUCAAAUCUCAAGACUUCCUUUCUAACUUCACUCAACCUCACUGAGUACCGAAAAUGGGCUCCCUCGCUCCCUCCAGGCCUCUCAAAAUAGCAAUCCUAAUCAACACCGACGAACCCCCCUACAUCCCCCUCUUCACCUCCGCCUACAUGUCCAUCUUCAACACACUCUCUCCAACCUCAAAACUAACCUUCUACUCGCCUCCCUCACUCUCCCUUCCUUCCCCAACAGAACUCUCAAACCAUGACCUCCUCAUCAUCGGCGGCGGAACCUACGUUGUCGAUGAGUCUGCCCCUUGGGUUGUUAAGGAACUAGAGUUCCUCAAGACUACUGUCAGAGAUUUCCCAAAAUUGAAGAUAGUGGCAAUUUGUUUCGGGCAUCAGAAGUAUUGUCAGGCCUUUGGAGGAGAAUUGGGGUGGAAUAAAGCUGGAAAAACCGAGCUCGGCAUCACCACCCUCCCUCUGACGCCCUUCGGGCACAAGUUCUUCGCCUCCUCCUCCUCCUCCUCCUCUCCUUCCAUCAAGCUCCACGAACUUCACAGAAAAGAGAUCGCCAUCCCAGCACCUGGUUUUAUCGAGCUGGCGGAGAACAAUCAGAUCUGUUUGAGUGAGAACGGGAGGAUUUUGACGUUCCAGGGACAUCCGGAGAUGAGCGUUGAGUUGGCGAGAGCGCUGAUGGAAAGUGAGAGUUUGUAUACGAGGGGAUUGAGUGAGAUGGAGAAGAGAAAGUUGGUUGAUGGGGCGGAGGGUGUGCAUGAUGGGGUGGCGGUUUGGAGGAGGGUUUUGGAGUGGGUUGGGGAGGAGCAGGCUGGUGUUUGAGUGAAUCUCUAUCUGUUGAGAGCUGGAUUCUGGAUGAUGGUGUUUGUGUUAAUGUGGGUCCGAAAGACAAAUCGAGGUGAUGUUUUGCAAAACUCACAAAUCACGGAUUAGCGGAACUCAAAAUCCGAAAGCGUUGUACUUGUCAAGAUAGGUUUUCAAUGUGUGUUCUUUUCGUAUGACACUAAAUCAGGCUCGUGAGAACGAAGUCUGACCUCUUGC